AUGCCGAGCUUCCCACCGCCGGGCGCCGUCACCAUCUGCGAGAUCAACCGCGACCUCGUUGCGGCGGAUGCCCUCUCCGACGCCCGCGCCAAGGACGCCUACGGGGAUGUCCUGGGGAUGGUGUUCGCCCCGAUUCCGUUCCAGCCGGAGGCUCUUCUACCCAGCCGUGAGCCUGCUGCUCCUGCCGCGGACCAAGUCGAGCCUGCUGAGACUGCCCCCGCCCCUGGUUUGGCGGCCACCAUAUCCGAGUUCUUCAGGCGGAUGGUCUUCCCUCCACUAGACCCAAAUCUGCUAGAAGAAUUUGACACCCAGAAAGUAAGUUGGAAUCCAUACAAGCAUUGCUUAGCAUUUGUGUCUGGGAAGAACCAGGUUACUGUCCAAGACUUUGAAGAUUCAGAUGCUAAAGAACCAUGCAUUUUAACAAGUGACCAUCAAACGGAUGUUAAGGCUGUUGAGUGGAGACCAAAUAGCGGGAAGAUGAUUGCAGUUGCCUGCAAGGGAGGGAUAUGCCUCUGGUCGGCAUCAUAUCCUGGCAAUGUUCCGUUCAUGAAACCUGGCAUCACCUCUUCUUCCUCUAGUGCAUUUCCUAGAGGUUCUGGUGGUCAGUGGAUACUGGUGGAUGUUCUUCGUGGCUCUUCUGCUGAGCUCGUUAGGUUGGGAACUCCUAUACGGCGUGGAUUAAGCAAUAUAUCAUUAGUGCGGUGGUCACCCAGUGGAGAUUACCUUCUAGCUGCUAAAUUUGAUGGUACAUUUCACUUCUGGGAGACGAACACAUGGACUUCAGAACCCUGGUCUUCGUCUAACGGAUAUGUGUCUGGGGCAAAUUGGGACCCAGAAGGUCGUGUCGCAUUGUUAUCCUUUUCUAACUCGACGAUACUUGGCUCAAUUCACUUCUCAUCUAAGCCACCAUCCUUAGAUGCCCACCUCCUACCAGUUGAACUUCCAGAAAUUUCCUCCCUGAUUGUUAGCCGAGGCAUAGAGAAAUUAGCAUGGGAUGCUUCAGGGGAACGUCUGGCAUUGUCGUUCAAAGAUGGAAAUGAAAUGUACCGUGGCCUGAUUGCUGUAUAUGAUGUGCGGAGAUCUCCACUUAUCUCACUAUCACUAGUUGGAUUCAUUCGGGGACCUGGAGAAGGAGCAAAGCCACUCGCUUUUGCUUUUCAUAGCAAAUUUAAGCAAGGACCAUUGCUUUCUGUGUGUUGGAGUAGUGGUUGGUGCUGUACAUAUCCACUGAUACUUCGUUCUCAUUGA